CCACCCACAUUCUCGUGUCGCUUCCGGGUGGCCAGUCAAGACUCAUCCAGCGAGUUGUCGUUCUCCCAACGCUGUAAACAAAAGUUAGUAAACGGUUCAGCUCCCACGACACAUCCGACGAAAAGACAUGCAUAUCAAGACAGGUACAUGGGAAGCCAGCAACACUGUGUGUGAGUCCGAUAACCUGUGUGACCCAGCCGUCCUCGUUUCAGCCGCUAACUCAGAGCCCCACAUUCGUAACCGCCGCCUAUCCCCUGGCUCAGGAAAUUGCGGAGGUGGUGGUGGUGGUUGCAUCUCUGGAGGUGACCAACAGCCCCGGCAGCUCUCGCCCGAGGGUGUCCUGAUUGGACCCAGUCACACGCACGGCUUCACCUUCCGCAGGGAAAAGGACCGCAAGGGUCAGCAGCACAAAGGGCGCAGCCUCCGUAGGGAGAGUCAAAAGGGAGUCAGCCGAGUUAGCGAGCGGCCACAGAAGGUUAACCAAAAAGAGAGGUGGGUGGAGGACAGUCUGUCACUGCUCAAACCCCCACCUGCCUUCCCUGUGCAGGACAGUCCCGCCAAGCUGCAGCCUGCUGUCAGCUACGCUUCCAAGGUGAAAGCAGGAGCAGCAGUUGGAGCGCUGGAGGAGGACCGCCCCCUCAUCGGUGUACUGCUACAGAACCAGUGGGGUCUCAGUUUCAUCAGUGAGACGAGGCCCGUCACAGAGGGCACCAGCCCUCACCCCACUGCCCUCCCACCACAGCCCACAGACGCUAAACAGUCACAAGACCCACAGAUCCAUACAGCAGCCACAGUCCAGGCUCCUCAAGAAACACCAGUUCCAGUCACUACCUCCAUCACCCCAAACACGCGCCCAGAGGUGGAAGAGAGCAACGGGAAGCUGCUGCUGAGCUGUCGCCAUCUAGUAGAAGCUUUGAACUAUCACAAUAGGGAAUGGAAUUCUACCUGUAACAGACAGAAAAAAGAUCCAAAAAGGAUCAUCUGGUACAAGGACACCCAGGAGCACCCAGCCUAGCAGCGCCAGAAACCCAAAGCCAACACACAACACACGCCGACAUGCACACGAAAACAUAAAAAGACGGACAACUUUUGAGUCCCAUUCUCUCACACACUGCACUCAGGAUGAUGUCUUCACACGAAACCACACUGAGACACUUUGGACUAACUCCUCUGAGAUCUUGCAACAUUGGACUUUUUUUAAUGCCUUACAGAGCCUGCCUUAAUUAAUCCGAUGUUUUCAUUGCUAUCUUAGCUUAUUUGUUUAGAGCUGGUCCUUUUUUUCUUUUUUUUUUAAAUCUCUGAGGCUAUAACUUAAUCCCCCCCCCCUCCCAAAAAGCUGCAGUUUUAUCAAAAUAUGGUCCUUUUGUAAAGCAAGUGGUCAAUCAAGCACUUUGUUAAAAAUCUGUUGUGACCAAUUUCUGUGGCAGAAACCCUCAUGAGAGUAAUUUAUCCCUGUUAAUGAUGAACAGAAUGUCUUGUACCUGCUUGAGUUUUAUGGUUUAUGUAUGCAGAGGACUUCUGUAGCCAUGUCUUCAGUUUACAGAAGGGUGUAGUCAAUGGCACAGUAGAUUUCACCCUUUAUCCCAUCAGAUCUUAAUGCUGUGUUCCUUUUUGUUUUAAUUUCAUUCCUUAAUUGGGUGAAUGUUACUCAUGAAAUAAGAUAUGUCACCAUGUCCAGUAUGUUGAUUUUUUUGAAAAGAAAAUUUAUUGAAGAAGAAAAUUUACACUGGAGAAUGAGGAAAUGUAAAUGAACGGUAUUGCUCAAUAAAAAUGAAUAAAAUUGUC